AUGGUAGAGCCAAAUUUACCUUUCAAAGUUAAAGCAAUCUUUGACUAUAAAUCCGACUAUGAGGAUGAUUUACCUUUCACAAGUGGCCAAAUCCUUACCAUAACGGCAAUUGAGAAUGAUGAAUGGUACACCGGUGAGUAUGAUGGUAAAUCUGGAAUGUUUCCUAAAAACUUUGUAGAAAUUUUGACUACCCCAACAAUUCCGGUUCUGAAUAGACCAAUUAAAAAAGCUGAACCUCAAAGUGAAACUCAAGAAUCAAAGACAGAUUCAUCACCAACAAACAUUUCGAAAUCACCACCAACAGCACCUAUAGCAGAAGAAAAAAGUCAAUCAUCACCCAAAAGCAAUCAAAGCUCUUCGUCUAGGGUCCCAAUGCCACAAUCGUUCCAUUCCAAACCAUCCGACCCAUAUAGUAUUAAAAAACAAUUUGUUGCUGCAGCACCAUCUUCAUAUGUUCCGAAAAUUACACCAAGAGACGAAUCUAAUUUAGUUGCACACCCAACUCAUGAUACAAAACAAUCCGAUAACGUUGUUAAAGGAACACUGGUAAAUGAAAACGAAUCAACGGAAGAGUCUGGACCCAAGGUUUCUUUGAAAGAAAGAAUUGCCUUACUUCAAAGAAAACAACAAGAAGAAGCCGAAAGAGAAGAAGCAGCUUUAAAACGUAAAGAAGAAAGAGCCAAAAAGCAAGCUGAAGAAAAGGAAAGAGUUAAACAUUUGAGAGAGCAAAAAAGUGGUGAAGCCCAAUACACGCACAAAUUAGAAGAUCAUCAUCCAGAGUUGGAGGGUGCUGUUGGAACGAAAGAUGAUCAUGAUGUUUCAAGUGUAGCUGAUUCCUCAAAAUCAAUUCAUGAUGAUGCUAAUCAUUUGCAUGAACCAACUGCAAGAUCGCCUAGUGUGGGAGAGCCAGAAGAAGCAGAUGAAGUAAAUUUUGAAAAACUGGGGGAACAAGACAUAGAUGAAGAUGAGGAAGAACAAGAAGAGGAAGAUGAUGAGGAAUUGAAACGUAAAAAAUUGGUUGAAAGAAUGGCUAAAAUUUCUGGAGGUAGAAAUAUGUUUGGAAUGAUGGGAAUGCCUUCUCCAUUCGGUAAUACUCCUUCAGCUGAUACACAACCUAAGAAAACUAAAGCCACUCCAGCUGCUCCAACUCCCGAAUCACCAGUUCGUGAACCAAAUGCAACAUCAGAAGCAGCCCCUAGUUCUGCUCCUGAAGUACCUCCACAUGCUUCGGCUCCUAAAUUUAGUCAUGAAAGCUCUUCCAUGGCAGAAGAUGAUGAACCUUCCGAUUCUGAUCAAGCUGAAAUCAUAACUCUGAAUGAUAUAAAGCAACAAUUAAAUCACGAUGAUAUUCACGUAUCAGAUAGUGCUGACGAUCAACAUCAUCCAAUUAGAUUGAAAAAGUACAGUACUUUAGAGGGAGAAGGAACUGGUUAUGAAGCAGAUGAAGAUUUAUCAGAUAUUACUAAACCCCACGAUAAUCAUAACCAACAUCCAUUGAAAUCUCAAGAGAAGGAUUCGAAUGAAACAAUAACGUUAAAGGAAGAACAAUUUGGUAAAGAUCCAACUAUACCACAUCCACCUAUUCAUCCUACUCCUACUUCCAGAGAUGCACCACCUAUUCCACCAGUACCAGCAGUUCCUCCAGUUCCAUCAAGGGAUGCAAAUUCAGUUCCUCCAGUUCCAUCCCGAGCCGCUCAAUCAAAUUUUGCCCCACCAGUACCUCCUAAUCCUCCAUCAUCUCAUUCAACUGAAAACCAACCACAUCCACCUAAACUACCAUCAACACAUGAUCGUCCUCCUCCUCCACCUCCACCAACUCAUCAGCUUCAAGAAGAAGAAGAAACCAGUUCAAGUGAGGACGAUAAUUUUGAAAUUGUUGAAAGACAACCACCAACAUCUGCACCUCCAACUCGUGCUGAAACUUUUGAAUCUCAUCACCACAAUACCAAAGCAGCUCCACCACCACCAAUUCCUGGAGCCGUACCUCCUCCACCAAUUCCAAUUGGUGAGCCUCCCAAAAGAGCAACUACUGAUAUUUCACCUUUAGUUCAUACUUCAACAGGUGCUUCAAUCAACUCACUUUCACAAAGACAACAAGGAAGUAGAAAAUCAACAGAUUCAACCUUAUCACGAUCAAGAUCGUUAAAGGGAAGUGAUCAAAGUCAAGCAGAGAUUGCAUUAGAACAAUUGGAAUUUGAAAUUUCAAAUAUAAAAUCAACAUCUGACUGGUGGUUGAAGAAUGGGUUACCAGACCCAUUAGUUAAAAAAAUCGGAGUUGAUUUGAUAUAUGAAGUCGAUUCUAAUAAAUUAUCAAAAAGAGGUCUGAGAUCAAUAAUAUGUCGUGAUUUCUAUAUUUUGUUUUAUGAUUUAUCUCAAUUAAUUCUUGAUUUGGAAUAUGAAGAAAGUGAUCCAAGAAAUACAAUCCAUUUAGUAAAUCAAUUUAUAAAAUCUAAUCCUGUAAUAAGAACGGAUUUGUUAGAAAGUAAUCAUCGUCAAUUUAGUUCGGUUAUUGUAAACACUGCUGCUCAAUUAAUUGGUCAAAAUUUAAAUGAAAAUUUUAUAAAUUACGUUUUCAAUAAUCCGGAAAUCAAAUCAAAGAUUUUACAUCCAAUUGGUAAUAAAUCAUUUGGUGUAACUAUUUAUAAAAAUUUCAAUAAUACUAAUAUUUCAAAAAUAGAUGAUAUUAAACCAGGUGAUAUUUUAUGGAUAAAAAAUGGUAAAUUUGAUACUCAUAAAGGUUUAAUAGGUAAUAAAUCUAUUAGUGUUGGAGAUGAUGGAAAUAAUUCAUUUACUGCUAUCAUAUAUGAAUUUGAUCCAAAGAAAGAAAAAUUUAAAGUCAUUGAACAAGAUAAUCAUGGUCAUAUAAGCAAAGAAUCUUAUAAAUUGAAUGAGUUCAAAGGUGGAAGAAUAAGAGUAUUUAGACCAGUAUCGAGACAGUAUGUAGAUUGGUAA